AUGAAGGGAUCAAGUUCAAAAGAAGAAGUAACAAGUGAUGACGCCAAGAUUUAUAUCAAAGAAAUAAAGGAUGCAUUUAAAGAUGAGAAGCACAAGUUUAAUGAGUUUUUAAAGACCAUGAAAGAUAUCAAGAAAAAAAGAGCUGAGAUAGCGUGUAUGCUGGCAAGAGUGAAGGAAUUGUUUGAAGGACAUAGAGAAUUGUUAUUAAAAUUUAAUACCUAUUUGUCAGAUGAAUUUGAAAUCGCACCUUCGACAGAGAAGUCAGAAGUGAAGAAACCAGAAGUAAAUAUAGAAUAUGCUAGAAAAUAUUUAGAGAAAGUGAAGACUCAAUUUCAAGAUGAUCCUAAUGUUUACCAAUCCUUUCUAGCUAUACUGAAUAUGUAUAGAAAAAAAGAAAAGAGUAGCGAGGAGGUUUUACAAAUGGUUAUUUCACUUUUUAAAGACCAAUCUGAUCUUGUUGAAGGGUUUAUUCAGUUUCUUCCAUGA